CUGGAUUUUCACAAUUUGGGAGCAUGUGCAUACAUCUCCGUGACGGCACAAGCGGUGGCGUUCUGAGAACAACACCCACAAAAAUACUGAUUAUCUUUGUAUCAAGGAGAUCAGAGCGAAACUGUUGAAGAUCGAUCGAAAAAGAAAGAAGACGAACUUGACAAUCAUCUAUCCCGAACGGAAAGGAACGGAAAGGAAAGGAAAGAAGAGGCCUACAUCAUAGAGGAUGCCGGCCAACCUGUUCUCGGUCCCGAUCUUCCUGAUCUGUUUCCGAGAAGUGCUGGAGGCAGCCAUCAUCCUGUCCGUCCUCCUCGCCCUCAUCGAGCAGAUCGUCCGCCCACAGGGCCAUUCACCCACACCCACCAAGGACCAAUUGUCGAUCGAAACCCCGCGGCUGCCCCGGCUCGAGGAAAACUUGAACGAGUCUCAUCUCGAGUUGGAAAGCAUCGAUAGUCGUCAGGCCACACAUCCGAUCCCUGGAAUCCUUAAGAAUCAUGGCGACUAUCGGGAUAGAAUCAUCAAACGGAUGAGAGUACAGGUUUUCUCAGGAACAUUCGUCGGCUUGUUCCUCUCGCUAUGCAUUGGAGCAGGAUUCCUCGCAGUUUACUACACCAAGUUCACGGACAUAUAUGGGAAUGCGGAGGAGCUAUGGGAGGGGAUAUUCUCGUUGAUCGCAUCGGGGAUGAUUUUUGUGAUGGGGAUCACGAUGAUGCGGAUGGAGCGGUCGAAGAUCAAAUGGCGGCUCAAGUUAUCUAAGGCGUUCGAGCAAGAGAACAUCAUCGAUGUCGACGGCAAGGCUCCCAAGCUACAUUCCAAAUUCCGAACACUGCUCUCGAUGCUAAGAGUCGGAGGAAGUAGAAGAACAAACUCGGCCGACUCGACUAGUAGCAGAUACAUCCUCUUCUUCCUCCCCGCAUUGACCGUGCUUCGGGAAGGUCUUGAAGCAGUAGUCUUCAUUGGCGGCGUCUCCCUCGGCCAACCAGCAACAUCGAUCCCGAUCGCCGCGGUGACGGGGAUAUUACUAGGACUCGGGAUAGGCUAUGCGAUCUACAACUCAUCUGCCAGAUUAAAUCUGAGUCUUUUCCUGAUGAUCUCGACGAUCGCUUUGAUGUAUGUUGGUGCUGGUUUGAUCACUAAGGCUGCCUGGUACUUCAAGAUGUACACCUUCAUCCGCUCCGUUGGGGGUGAUGCAGCAGAAGCCGGUGAUGGCCCAGGCUCGUUUCCAGUUGACGGGUACAUUUGGCAUCUAGAUUAUGGAAACCCUGAAAACAAGUUAGCUGCAGGUGGAUGGAUGAUUUUCGCGGGAGUUUUUGGUUGGAAUAAUACCGGAAGUAUCCUAACGGUGAUGAUCUAUAUCAGUUUCUGGUUGAUUUCCUCGGCGACAUUGAUCUUUAUGAAGUGGCACGAAGGGCGCUGCACCAUCUUCAACAUCAGCUCGUCGGCUCGGAAGGCAAGACUGGGGCGAUUGGAUCAUGGCGGGAAAGAUAACCAGCUCAAGAUAUGAUCAUCCAUCAUCGAUGAGUACAGGGAUCCUAUUCAUAGCCAGUUUAAUCAACCGUAACUUCAUGUCCACGGACUUUUCUUUUCAAGAGACCCACCCGUUCUACUCGUUAUAUAACAUACUCUUCUAUACCCAUCGAGAACAACGUUCAAAUGUAUCUAUAUCAUCGUCGAAUACCUGCAUCCUUUUCCCUUAUUAACUAAGCGGCCACUCUACAACAACGUCUUUGCAACUUAACUAUGUCAAAUGAUAUCUUCAAAAACCCGCCUGGGGCAGGUCCCAAUACAAGCUACUGGUCAG